CCAGUGUGUGCUGCAGGCUGUUGACGCAUCAGUUGCACCGGUUAAUCAGACAGUAGGCGAGUAGCUAGGACCUGCUUCCAUUUUUCCUGACACUUGGCUUUUGAACAGAGGGGGACCAAGCCAGGAAAAGUAGGAUGGGGGCUGGAGCUAGCGCUGAGGAGAAACGCUCCAGAGAGCUGGAGAAGAAGCUGAAGGAGGAUGCCGACAAGGAUGCGAGAACUGUCAAGCUGCUGCUGCUAGGUGCUGGAGAAUCAGGCAAAAGUACUAUUGUCAAACAGAUGAAAAUUAUCCACAAAGAUGGUUACUCACUUGAAGAGUGCUUGGAAUUCAUCACCAUCAUCUACAGCAACACCCUGCAGUCCAUCAUGGCCAUCGUGAAGGCCAUGAACACACUCAAUAUUAACUACGGUCAUUCUGAUCAGCAGGAUGAUGCCAGGAAACUGAUGCAUCUUGCAGACACCAUUGAGGAAGGCACCAUGCCUAAAGAGCUGUCAGACAUCAUCUUGCGUCUGUGGAAGGACUCUGGCAUACAGGCUUGCUUUGACAGGGCCUCAGAGUACCAGCUCAACGACUCUGCCGGAUACUACCUGAAUGACUUGGAGCGACUGAUCCAGCCAGGCUAUGUACCCACUGAGCAGGAUGUGCUACGAUCAAGAGUAAAGACCACUGGUAUCAUCGAGACCCAGUUCUCCUUCAAAGAUCUUAAUUUCAGAAUGUUUGAUGUGGGUGGCCAGAGGUCAGAGCGGAAGAAGUGGAUUCACUGUUUUGAAGGUGUGACCUGUAUCAUCUUCAUUGCUGCUUUGAGCGCCUACGACAUGGUGCUGGUGGAGGAUGAUGAAGUGAAUCGAAUGCACGAGAGUCUGCACUUGUUCAACAGUAUCUGCAACCACCGCUACUUUGCCACCACUUCCAUCGUACUCUUCCUCAACAAGAAAGAUGUGUUCAUUGAGAAGAUCAAGAAAGCUCAUCUCAGCAUGUGCUUCCCUGAAUAUGAUGGUCCCAACACCUAUGAAGACGCUGGUAACUACAUCAAAAUCCAGUUCUUGGACCUGAACAUGCGCCGAGACAUCAAAGAAGUCUACUCUCACAUGACCUGUGCCACAGACACAGAGAACGUCAAGUUUGUGUUCGAUGCCGUAACCGACAUCAUCAUCAAAGAAAACCUGAAAGAUUGUGGUCUCUUCUAAAAGCCACACCAAGAAACCCAGCCAAGGUGCUGUGGUCACCGUCACAUUCCACAAACCUUUCUUCAAUUCAAACGGAGGACUGAAGAUGAAAACUGCCCCCUCAAACAGCCAUCCUCAAACCAGCGAAUGCAAAAAACAUCUAAUCAAUUUGUUGUGUUCCAAUCUAAGUUGUAGCUUUGACCAAAGACAGCUCCUUCCAUCAGAAAAUUCUGUGCAAAUUUCAGAUGAGUUGAAUUUUAGUCAAAUUAACUUUUCUCUGAGUCUCUUGAACUCAUCUUUGGAGGGUCGUGUGAUCUGUAGUUAAGACAUCAAAAGCUUCUGUCAGCAUAAAGUGAUUUCUUCUCACAUGUACUAAUGUGAAUAGAUGUCCAGCUAACGCAUUGUCUCUACGCUCCAGUAAGUGGUCAGUAUACAGCCGAAGAGCAAACCAGAUGGCCUCACCACCUGCAUAUGCACUUCAGCCUCUGUUAGAGAUUUUAAAUGAACUUGUCACUAGAAAUGGCUUUUAUGUACAGACACUUUGAAACACAAUUCAAGCAGGUCACAGAAAAUUUGUGUUAGAAAACUGUAACAUUUUGCAGUAGUUUAAAAGGGCCAGUGUAUAUAUUUAAACAGAUUUCUAUUGGACCUUUCAUGAAGUAAUGUGAUACCAUGUUGAUCUGUAACACUGUUGAGUGGUAGACGUAUUAAACUUCAAUUUGAAAAUCUUUGUUUAAAAAGUUAAAUAAAAGUCUAGGCCUUUGAGCCAACUAUCCUGUACAGAAACCAAUAAUUGUACACCUUGAUUUAACCUAUUAAAGCUUCUGUAGAAAACUCA